UCUUUGAAUAGGUUGAAAGUCGACGGGUUUUGAUUCUUUUACAGAGAGAGAGGGGGAAAUGGGGGAGGAGAAUGAGAAAUCAAACAAUCUUGAUUAUGCGCUAAAGCCUUUUUAUGAUAGGGCUUAUGAUGCUGAGGUUCGUUUGUCAAAGUUGGAGUCUCUACUUUCAAAAGAUGGUUAUGCAAACACUGAUAACAAAAAAGAGUCAUCCAUGAUAAAAGAUUUGGAGUCUAAACUGUAUAGUGUUCAAGAUGAACUUGUGUCUGAGAAGGAGAAGGCAUCAACAGAGAUCAAGAAGCUUGAAGCAGAAAACAAGAAACUUCAGUAUCGGGUGACUCAUCUUAUUCAAGCCCUAAAGGAGGCAGACUUGAAGUUUAAAAACAUUAAAACCUGAAAGGUCUUGUGCUGCCUAGUGAACCAAGGAAAUUGUUUACUAUGAGAGGAGUAUGUUCAAGUUUCAGGAUAUCAAACAUUGUGGCUAAGGGACAAACAAGAACAAUUUUCAGCUUGUUAGUCUAAUUCUUUUUUAUUCGCAACAGUUAUUGGUUGUAUCCAGAUACAUUUACUGAUAUAGCACUUAUGUGAGAAUCAUUAUUUAUACAAUAUUUGUAUCGAUUAAGUACUCAUCUUGUACUCAUUUUUCUGAUAUCUUGAUCAUGAUUUCCUUGCAAUAUGCAAUAUUAGAGCAAAAUGUUUGAACUUU